UUAAUAUAUAUUAUUUAGUUUAUGUAUUUUGUAGUGAUGUUUUUUAUAGGAUACUAAAAAUGGCUAACAACUUCAGUGUCAUUGUAUUUACUGAAGACAACACAGUAGAAGCAGUUCCUACUAGUUGGGUAAAAAAAAAAGAUGGUACUUGUGCAUGGCCCACUACUAAAAGCCGAAGCUUAAUUAUGAAAUUAAUUGAAAAAAAAAGUGUCCCCAAUGAAGUGCAAUAUAAAUAUUAUAAAGCAAAAGUGAUGAAAACUUGUGAAUCACUUACUAAUGCACGGAAAAUGGCAGAAAAAGGAGAGACAAAAACAGAUAUAUCAUCUACUGAUGAAAGUGAUUAUAUGAAAUUAUAUAAGAAAAAAAAACCAAAAUUGUUAUUGGACUGUAGUGAUCCUUCUACAUCUUGCCCCGUGUAUUCUGCUUCUGAUGACGAUUCUGACAAGGGUAACCUAACCAAAUCAAAUCAGCACAAAUUAGUAAACGGAUGGUCACCUUCUCCUAACAAAAUGAAAUUAACAUGUCAAUCAGAUCCUCAAGGAGUUAAAUUUCAUGUAAAUAAAAAAAAGUCAGCAGUUGUUCGGAAAAUUUCUUAUAGCGAUUCCAAUAGAAAUGAGAAUAUAGAUUCAUCUUUAUUGAAAAAUAAUGAAAAUAAAAGUGUUCAACCCUUAAACAUUGAAUUAGUUGAAUUGGAUAGAUUAUUGAGUAAUGAUGAUGAUAUUACUGAUUAUUGUAAUGAUUACAUCACUAUUGAUGCCGUUGAUGGAGAUACGUUUAUUCAAAAUUCAAAGGCUGCUGCAGUUACAUCGGUAACACCUUCAGAUAAACAAAGCUCUGCUAAACAGUUCAUUACACCAAGUACACAUGAAAAACAAAAAUUGGACUUAGGCACAUCACCGAUAAACCCUGAUACAGAAUUUCAAAAAGAAGUACUAUAUAGAUUAUCAUUUAUUAAGCAUGAAUUACGAAGAAUUGUAAGCAACCAAAUGGAAUUGAGCCAACGUAUGGACAAUUUAGAAAGUCAAAAUCUCAGCAAUAUAAUCUUGCACACUAAUAAUAAUGAAAAUAAUACAUACUUAAAAAAUGAUAUACCUGGCUUACCUAUGAAUACUAUAUCAGAUUUAAAUGCAUUCAAUCAGAAAUUAUCUGAAGAUGAAAUAUUUUGUAACAAUGUGAUUAAUCAACUAACAUAUAUUGGAGGAAAACACGCUAAAGCAAUGAUUAAAAGAAUAAUGGAUAAACUUUUUACCAAUGAACUUUUACAAUUGUUUUCAUACUCUGGCAAAAAAGGAAAAACCAAAUUUUCUGACCAAAUGAUUUGUCCUAUUAUUUUUGAUGCUGUAAAAAAACAAUCAAAGUUUAAAAAUGUAACCCAAAAUGAAAUGGAAGAAGUUGUUAAGUAUGUGCUCGCCCAAGCCCCGUUCAACAUAAAACGACAACUUAAAAAAUAAAUAUUUUAUUUACAUUACACAUUAAUAUAAUUAUCUAUCAUGUAUAAUGACGAAUACAAAU